UGUGUGCGUGAAGAAUUAAAAGAAUACUUAACACAAAAAAAUAACAAAAAAACAACAACAAUUAGUGAAUUAGUUGUGCGCGCAUAAAAUGGGUUAAGCAACUCAAUUGCGGCUAGUGAAAUGGAAAUGGAAAUGGACUGUUUCAAACCGCAUUCGCUCGUGCCAGAGAAAAAUCGUUCACCACCUCUAACUCAGUGUCCUGCCGCUGCUUCUAGUUGGUGCUGCUCUGCCCUCUGCCUCUGCCUCUGCCCUCUGUCUCAGCCGCUGCUCUGCCACUGUCUGUGCUCUACGCACGCAUCGAUUUGGGCUAAACGUUAGAUACCUCCUAACGCAAGUUGUUAGGGUGGAAAAAUAUAUAAGUACAUAAUAAUAAAAAAAAGGAAAAGAAACGGAAAGAAAUGCUGUGCAUUUUUCAAUUAAUUCAUGCCCCAAUCAAUGUAACAAAUUCAAGUGCAAUAUUAACAAACGAACUAAACAAUAAAAAACAACAACAGCAGCAGCAGUAACAACAACAACAAAACGCCAACACGGUCGCAACUCGAGCAGCAAAACAAAAAGGCCAACAAAUAAGAUAGAAAACAAUCAAGAAGAAAAAAAAUAAUUUUUUGUUGUAGAAAUCUAUAAAAGAGGCGGCACUGCUGGCAGGCGGCAAAUAAAUUGGGCAGUGUUAAAAGCGGGGUAAACUAAAAAAAAAUAAAUAACACCGAAAUUCAUCUCUAAAAUACAAUUUGAUAGAACAGCUUCCAUAUGAAGACCAUGUCGCGCUUUGGCCUGCGCCGUGGCUUCAAAUUCUCCGAGGAGCAGCAGCAGGUCAACGGCAACAACAACAACAAUAAUAAUAACAAUAAUAAUACUAAUGGCAAUCCAAUUGGACCAACUGCACAAAAACUGGCAACGCCGCCGCGCAAAAAACGCAAUCACAGCCUGCCUAGGGAGCAGCAAUUGGAACCAAUAGAAGCGGAAGCGGAACUGGAACAAGUGAACAGGCAACAGAAACAGCAACAGCAACUGUCGCCCUCGCUGGUAUGCAGCGUGCCUCUGGAGCGUUUGCCGCGUCUCGUUGAAAAGCUGCAGUUGCUGCAACAACAGCAGCAACAGCAACGCGAACUUGAGGAAUAUUCAGCAACGGCUUUUAUCAAAGUUCUAUGCUUGUACUGUGAUAAGAAGUUCGCGUCCAGCAAGCUGCAGGCCAAGCAUGUGGAUAAAUUUCAUACGGAACGAAAAGAGAGACGCUGUAGCAAUCGUUCUACCACCAAUAACAACAAUAACAAUAACAACAACAGCAACAGCAGCGGCAACACUCACAGUUCCAGUCACGCCCACUUUCCGGGCUGCCAGCAUUGCAACAAGUCCAAAUCGCAAACGUUGCAACCACCAAUUUGUCUGCCCGCCAAACAGUUGGAGCAACUUUUUGUCCAUCUAAUUGCUAGCCAUGCGGACAAAUAUUUUGGAUGCCAACAAUGCCAGCUGCGCUUCAAUGAUGCACCCCAGCUGCACAGUCAUAUGCGAUUGCUGCAUCAGCAGCAGUUGCAGCAACAACAACUGCAGCUGCAGCAGCAGCAACAGUUGCAGUCACAGUCACAAUCAUCCUCUAUGAUUGGCGCUGAGGAGCCGGUGCUCUUUCGCUUAGGUCUCACACAGAAUCGUUUGCCCGGCCAGAGGCAACGCAAUCGCAGCAGCAAUGCAACAGCUGCAGGCAAACAGCAACAUCAGCAACAGCAGGCAGCAGCGGCAGCAGCAGCAGCAGCCGCCGCCGCCACCGCAGCAGCAGCGGCAACUACAGCAACAUCUUUAAGCAACUCCACGAAUGUUGCUGCUACAACAGCAACAACGGCUGCCAGCAGCAGCGCGACGUCAACUACAGCUCUUACAGCAGCAACAGCAGCAGCAGCAUCAGUAACAACAGUUGCUGAUGAUACACACUUUCGCAUGCCCAGCCAUGGCCACGUUUUCGAUGACAACUUCUAUCAGGACGUGGUGCUCAAUGUGCGUCACAAUUUGCAGCAUUAUCUCGACGGACGUCUGCGCAGCGGUCCAGCACCGCCGCAGCCGCCCGCUGCUGUUGCUGCUGCCAAUGCUGUUGCUGCUAGCAACCUGCAACAGUUGGCGCUGUGCCACGCUGCCUAUCCCACAUUGCUGACCGCCGAACAGUUUGGCGAUGGCUUGGGCCUAGGGCUAGAGACAUUGCCGCUGGCCAAGGCAGCGCGGAGACCGCACACAAAGCACAGCUGGAAAUGGAAAUGGGAUUAUGUGAAGAAAUUCACGAUCGUCAACGAAGGCGGGCGGCUGGUGAAGAAGCUGAAGCAGCCGUUUAUGGGAUUGCGCGAUUUGUCGCGUCUGGAUAUGUGGACGCAGUUGACCAUGCGACAGAAGCAUGAUCUAGAGCAGCAGCAGCAGCACCAGCAGCAACAGCAAUUGGAGCAACAACUCGAGCAGCAGCACUUGCAGCAGCUGCACUUGCUGCUGGAUCGGCGUCUCUUGCCGCACAUAAUGCUGGAGCAGAACGAGCAGGCGAUUAUCAAAGAAGAGCAGCCAGAGCAACAGCAACAGUUGCUGGAACAGCAACAACAGCUGUUGCCAGCGCAAGCAAAUGCCGAGCAAAGCUUUUUAACGUUGCUGCAGCUGCAGCCAAGGGGACAGCAGCAACAGCAACAUCAGCAUCAACGUCUUUCAACAACAGCAACAUCAACAACAACACUUGUGCUUAGCGGCGAAUGGGCGCGUCCUCGUUUAUAUUUAUGCAUUUGCUGCGGCGCGAAAUUUGAGCAGCGCAAAGCGCUCGAAGAGCACAAAACAUUUCGCCAUUCGCACAUCUAUGCAACGCACUAUGAGCUGGUUGGACGUGAGCUGCUGGCGGGCAACUUGUUGCGGCAUUUGUUUAUGCCAAAACGUGCGCUCAGUCGCUAUGCGGCUGAGCAUCGGCAGCAGCAGCAACAGCAGCAACAGUUGCUGCUGCACAAGCAGGAGCGGGCAAUUGUUGAGGACGAAUCCAUAUCCAGUUCCUCCAAUUGUUCGGCUGUGUCGUCUGCCUUUGGUAGGGGCAGAGUGAGUGGAUCGCCGUGCUCCACGGCGACGGCGACAACAACGGCAACGGGCAACAGCAAUACCAGCAACACUAGCGGCAGCAGCAACAGCAACAAUAACUCAACCUCGGUGGAGGACAACGACAGCAGCGACAUCAAAGCGAACGCCUGCUCACCGACCAGCCUCAGUAACAGCAACAGCAACAGCAACAGCAACAGUUGCAGCUACAGCAGCAGCAACAGCUGCAGCUGCACAAAAUGUGGCCGCAAAUGCAGCGGCUUGAUGGAUCUCUAUCGCCAUAUGCUCGACUGUUCGGGCGAUUACGUGUGGUCGUUAGCCAAGAAGCGUAAAUACCGUUAUUAUUGCGGCUCGAAGAAGCGACGCACUGCCUGCAAUAAGCCUGCCAAGCACUUUGCUCAGCUGCUGCGCAAGAAUAACAAAAAGGUUAAGAAACAGGUGCCAAUGCCAGUAGCUGGCCAGGAUCAGGAUCAGACGCAGACGAGCAAUAAUAAUGAUGCGUCCGAGGAGAGUUCCAAUUCGAAUUCCAAUUCCAAUUCCAAUUCGAAUAAGACGAAAACACCGCCGCGCCAACGACCCAGCGAUGCUGAAUCGAUACGCAAAAUGCUUGAGAAUUUGCCAGCGAAACGUGUGUGCAAAAAGAUCUUUCCGAUGGACAACAAGAAGCGAUCCAAGAAGCAGGGCAAACCCAAUAAAAAGUUGCAGUCGCGCAAUGCCAAGAAGCUCUACAAUCAUCAUCAUCAUCAUUUGCAUCAUCAUCAUCAUCAUUUGCAUCAUCAUGCACUGCGAAAUACGCGGUCGCGUUUGGUGCGUGCCAAGCCGGCAGCAGCAGCCGCCACAACAGCAGCAACGUCUCCAACAGUUGCUGGCGAGCAGCAGCAACAGCGAAAUCGUCGCAAGCAGCAGCAGCAGGUGAAAAUGUUGCCAGCCACUGAUGCACAAGUCAGCUCAACAACAAGCAUAACAACAACAGCAACAACAAGAACUUCCAGCACAGUCGCCACAGCAGCAACAGCAAAUGUUGCAGCAGCAGCAGCAACAACAACUGUUGUCUCGCCCACGCACAACAGCAAACAGCAGCUAAUGCCAACACCGCCUACAACACCAGCGCCUGCAGCAACAGUGACAGCAAUAGCAACAGCAACAGCAUUACCCGCAACAACAGCAACACCGGCAGCCGCAGCAGCAGCAACAAUAGUUGCUGCCAGCAAACAACAGCAGCAGCAGCAGCAGCAGCAGCCUGUGAAGCGCAGCAAGCGCAUUAGCGACUGCAUAGCCAUGCUAACAGGCAAGCUGGAGGAGAAGCUCAAGACUGAACAGCAGCCAACAGAAAAGGAGCAACCGUUGCCGACAACUGAAUCCGCAACAAUAGCUGCCGAGCAGCAACAGUUGCAGCCAAAGACGCCGAAACGGAAAGCCAUAUCACGGCGCAUUAUAAAGCCGACGAACGAGACGACAGCAGCAACAGCUGGUGCAGUAGCAACGGCAGCAACAGCAACUCCAGCAGCAACACCACAACAGCAGCAACACCAAGUGCAGCAGCAGCAGCAACAGUUGCCGCUGUCUGUGCUGCCAUUGCCGCUGCCCUUGCCUUUGCCACUGCCUGUACUGCCCGUGCCACUGCCCGUGCCUGUUAAGCUGCCUGCACCUCCUCAGCCACCGCCGCCGCCGCCACCGCACCAGCAGCAACAACAACAGCAGCAGCAACAACAGCAGCAACAACAACAACAGCGCAACUCCGCAAUGCCCGUGCGUCGUCAAACGAUUUGCGGCUUUGAGGCGCGCAACUUGCUGCAGCUGGACGAGAUGCAGCCACUGGACUUGUCAAAGAAAUCCACACGCAAAUCAUCGCCAGCACCGGCACCAGCACCAGCACCAGCGCCGGCGCCAACUGCUGCACCUGCUUUGGAGCAACUGCCGCUGGCCAUGGCAUUGCCACUUGUGCGUGGCACCGAGGCUGCCGCAGCAGCAGCUGCAGCGCAUUACUAUUCCAAUUUGGAUCUGCUGAAGAUACCACAGGUGCGCAAUCCAGUGUUGCCGCUGCCCGUGGCAAUGCCCGCCAUGGUCGCACAGACGCCGCCACUCGCCGUCAAAGCGCCAGCCAAGAAGCGCGCCGCCGAGUUGGCCAGCAAAAAGGAGAAGCCAACAGCCACGCGCAUGGAUGAGGUGAUCAACAAUCAUAUCGAUGAUGCCAUCAAUUCGGUUAUACUGGCCGUGCAGGCCAGUUUGCCACACGAGGAGGACGAGCUGCUACAACAGCAGCAGCAACAGUCACAGUUGCAGCUACAACACCAGCAGCAGCAGCAGCAGCAGCAGCAGCAGCAGCAACAUUUGCCGCUGGCUGUGGCACCUAGUGCGGGCGUCUUAUUCAGCUCAGCUGCAGCGGCACCAGCAGUGGCCACGCCAGCAACAACGCCCGCAGCAACAACAGUUGCCACGCCAGUAACAGUUGCUGCUGCUCCCGUGGCCGUAAGGCAUCUGGCGCCAAAGAAGCGUAGUAUGCGCUCCAAGACCAUCGAUUGCCGCUCGGCAUUGUUGAUGGCCGCCAUGCCGCCUACUAUAACGGCCACGCCCACACCCACGCCCACGCCCACACCGGCAUCUUUGGCCAUGUUGGUGCCGGACAGCCAAAUGCCAGCAAAUGGCAAUGCGGAGCCACUUUUAGCACUGCCCAUGGUUACGCCUCCAGCGACCACGCCCACGCCCACGCUUACGCCGCAAGCUGCUACGCUCACGCCUGUGGCUGUCACGCCCACUUGCCCGAGGCAAGCAUCACCCAAGCGAGAGUUGUCGCCAUUGCCGCAGCAAUUGCAGCUACCGACAGCAAUGACAGCGCCAACACCGGCAGCAACAUCGCCAGCAUCUCCAGUUGCUGACACGCCCACUGUGAAGCCAGCCAUGCCUGUGUCAGUUAUCUCUGUAGCACCGCCCACAGCACCAGCAGCAGCAGCAGCUGCAGCAACAAUUUCAACACCAGCAGCAGCAACAGCAAUAGAAACAACAUCGACAGCAGCAACCGCAAUGUCAACAACUACUUUGUGUCGCAGCGCCACGCCCAGUAGUGGGCACGAGCUCAAUUGUAGUGUAUUGCUCGAGGAGCACAGCAGCAACAUGAACAACAACAACAACACGUCGUCCGGCUUUCACAGUCUGCCACAAACGGAAUUGCUGCAGGCGCCAGCAAAUGACGCCGAUGCAGAGUCCGAGCCAAAGCUGGAAACAAAAUUGGAGGAAGAAGCGAAGCCUGAAUCUCUGCCAGAGCCGGCACCAGAGCCUCAGCCAACGCCGGCCGAGGUGACGCCGCCCAAAGAGGAUGCCAAGAAGAAGCAGCGACGACGACGCAAAAACGAGCUGGCGGCAAUUGUUGCCGAUCAGCUGCUGGAGAGCUUCAAAAUCGACAAUGCGCGACGCGACAAUCUCAAGAAGCUCGAGAACUUGGCGUACGAGAAGAGCGAGGAUCUGUUGCUAACGGGCAUGCUGCUCAUGUCCAGCACCAAGCGCAAUGCCUCGCUCAAUCAGCAACAGUUGUCGGCGGCGGCAGCUGGCGAGUCGAAGCGUGGCAAAACCGAAAAUGCGCUGCCAGAGCCAACAGCAACAGCAACAGCUGCUGGUGGUCGGGGGCGGCCCAAGCGCAGGCAGAGCUGCUAUUAUAGACGUGGGCGUGGCAAGGCAGCGCCAUUGGGCCCGGAAACGAAUAUAAGUGCAUUGAAAUCCUCGCUGGAGAGCUUUUCGAUUGGCAUUGAGAAGCAGCUGCUGGCCAAGGAGGCAAAGGAAGCAGCAGCCAAAGCCACGCCCACAGCCAGCUGCAUAUUGCGACCGAGCAUAUUGUGCACGGCGGCAAAGGAGCAACAGCAACAGAAGCAGCAGCAGAAACAAAAACAGCAGCAGCAGCAGCAGCAACCUGCCUUGCCCACCUACAGUCGUGAUCCACGUCUGAACAAAAACAUACACAAGGAACAACAGCAGCACCAGCACCACCAGCAGCACCACCAGCAGCAGCACCAGCACGGCGACAAUCUAGAAGAAGAAGACAACUAUUUGACGGAAAUAGCAAAGAAUGUGAAUGAGAAAAUUAUGUCGGCGGCCAACGAAGACUUCGAGUUUGCCAACGAUGAGUUCGAUCAGGAGGACAAGGAUGAGCAGGACAAGUUCUAUCGUCCGCCAACUUCAAUGAGCGUUCGCAGCGCUCCAAAUCUGAACGAUGAGCACUCAAAUUUCGGCACCGACGACGAGAAUACAAAUACAGAGCUCAUGGACAUGGACAUGGACGAUGAGAUGAGCGUCUAUACGAGUUACUCGCAAGAUUUGGGUCGCACGGGUCGCGGUCGUCGCCGACGUCGACGGCGCAGCGUUUUGUUAACACGCCGCCCCAAGAAACGCAACAAUCGCAGCUCUCAGCUGGACGAGGCGGACAAAUUCGCCUGCCAGCUGUGCGGCAAAAGCUUCUUCUCAUCGACAUCGCUCUCCAAGCACAACAUGACACUGGCACAUGUCUCCAAGCUCUCCGAGCUGGAGUAUUUGCAGUCGAAGAGCAAUGCACCGCCCAGUCCACAGCCAGUGGCAGCAGUAGAAGCAGCCACAGCAGCACCAGCAGCUGCAUCAACCGAGCAACAGUUUGUCCAACAAUUGCAGCAGCUGCGCGCCUCGGUGCUUGUGCCAACAGAGGCUGCAGCAGCAGCAGCGGCUGCGGCGGCGGCAGCGGCAGCAGCAGCAGCGGCAGCCGUUGCUACUGUUCCUGCGCCUGAGCUGCAGCCACAGCUACCUUCUAGUCAUCAUGUCAUCACAGAGGAGAGCCUGCGGUUGCAUGACAACCAGCAGCAACAGACGCAACAGCAACAGCAACAGCAACACUCGCAACAGCAGCACUCUUCCAGUCCCGCCCACAGCGCUGCCCGCCUUAAUCUCAAUCCCGACGAACGUCUCUUUUACGAGUGCUGCAACAUAUUGAAGAGUGCAACUGCAACAGCAACAACAACUCCAUCUGUGAUUGUUAGCGCCGCCGGCCGCAAACCUGUGGAGCUGCUGACGCCCGCUAGUCCGCCAGCUGUAGAGAUAUUGUCGUCGCCUGCAUCGCCGUCGCCCUCGCCGCCGCCACUGCCGCUGCCAGCAACAGUUGCCGCUGUUUCCCAUCAGCCAGUUAUACAGCAGCUCUUUCGCAAUCCGCCCGCUGCCACGCCCACCAAUCAUCAUUUGCAACAUCAUCAGCACAAUCAGCAGCAACUGCACCAGCAACAUCACCCACAUCAUCCGCAUCACCCACAUCACCCACAUCAUCCACAUCAUCCACAUCAUCAUCAUCAUCACCAUCAUCAUCAUCAUCGUCUAUCGCCCAGCUACUCAGCCACCUCGCAAUUCUCAGCGCUGACAGCAACAAAUAUGACCACAUCACGGUUCAAGACAAAAGCCGCCAUGAAGGGCUAUGAGACGCAUCUACCUGUGGACAUGGAUGUGGCCAAGACAACGCGUGCGGUUUGUAAGCUAACCGAAUUGGCGGACAUUGCGCUCGGCAGCGAAAAGCCAACAGGUGUGGACUAUAUGCCCGAUCAAUUGCUAAACGAACAGCAGCAGCAGCAGCAGCAACAGCAACAUUUGCAGCAGCAGCAGCAAUUACAGCAGCAGCAGCAGCAACAACAACAGCUGCAGCCAGGCGCUGCUGUAACCGAGCAAAGUUCAACAUCCUCAAAGACUAUAAUGCACGCUUCAUCCAUAAUUAAGGGAACUGUUGCAACAGUUGCAGCCAGCAGUGCAACCUUGCCGCCGGUCUCUGGCCGAAUUAUUAUACCGGAGCGGCCAUUCAAGAAUAUUGGACUGGAGGAGAAGGCGAGCAUAACGUUUCAGAAGCCAAAGACUAGCGUCAAUUUGCUUACGGAGGACAACAAUAGCGUGUCCACGGCGAGCUAUUCGGAUCGGGAUGAUUAUGAUUUUGGUACGCUUAGCUGCGAGGAUGUGGAUGGCGAUGCGGAUGUGGAUGGAGAUAGUGUAAAACAGCAACAGCAGCAGCAGCAGCUGCAACAGCAGCACCAGCAGCAGCCACAACAACAGCAACAGCAACAACAACAACAACAGCAGCAGCAGCAGCAACAGCCAAUGCUUAAGGCGUCGACUGCUCACGUUGCCAGCUCUAGCGGCUCAAGCAGCUCCUCUUCGUCCGUCUCCACAACGCAGCACAGCAACAGCAGCAGCAGCUCAAGUCGUGCCACAGCCAAAACCUUUGAGAACAAGUCGCUCAUAAUGGGACGCAUCUUUAAGCAUGCGAGCACAGCGACAGCUAAGCUGCCGGUGAAAAGUGCGCCCAAGGAUAAAGCCCAAUUGGAUCAGCUAUUCGAUGAGCUGCGUGGCGCAGCCAAGCCACAACAGCAACAACAGCAACCAUUGUCGCCAGCUGCAGCGCCACUUGACUGGCAGCAACAGCAGCAGCUGCAGCAGCAGCCGCCUGUGCAGCAGCAAAAGUUGCAGCCAGCGGCCAAAAAGAACGCCAAGGCAAGAGGUCGAAAGGCAGCUGGAAUCAAAAAAGCCGCAACCCAACCGCCACGUAAAGAUCUGUCCAAACUGCAAACGGAGCUGGGCAUGAGCACGGAGGACUUGGAGCAGCUCAUUGAUGAGGGGCAUCGCAAAUCGAAGCGACGCUGCGCCACAAAUCGACCCAAAAAGCUGGUGGAAACGUGGAGCUCCGAUGAGUACGAAGAGUUCUUGUCCACCAAGGAUAUUAUAGCUUUAAUAGAGCAGAAAGAGCAGCAGGAGCAGCGGCGCAAGCGCAAGACAAGCGAAGCGCAGCCGGAGACGUUUGCAGCGCCACGAGAGAAAGCGGCGCAGCCCUUGACGAAUGCCAAGAAUCGCAAGGGACGCAAGCUGGAGCAACAGCAGCAGCAGCAGCAGCAAGAACAGCAGAAACCAGUGGAGCAAUUGCUGCAGCCCAAGCGUGCGCGACAGCGUGUUUCAGAGCCUGCCACGCCCACAAAGACAAAAGCGACACGUGCGAAGCCCGCAUCCAAGGCGACAAAGGCCACCAAGAAGCCAGCAGCGAGCAGCAAAAAGCGUGGCAAGCAACAGGCAGCGGAACAAGAGCAACAACAACAGCUGCAGCAGCUGCAAUCGCAACGAACGCGCAGUAGUCGACAGCAGCGAACGCUUGAGGAGUCACCGGAACUGAAUCACUGCCAGGAGCCGCAGCACCAGCAACAGGAGAAAGCAGCGAGCGCAAGUAAGCAAAAGCCUCGCAGCAGCAGCAACAAUAAUAACAACAACAAUAGCAGCAGCAGCAACAAAAAUUUGAAAACGAAAAGAAAAUCGCAAACGCAUCGUCAAUCACCGGCGCGCAGGAAGCGACCGGCGAGUGAGAAGCAGCUUUAUUAUUGGAGCAGCUCCAGUGACGAUGAAUUUGGGCGCAUCAAUGUGGAGGCAGCCGAAGCAGCUGCAGCUGCAGCAGCCGAGGCAGCGCAAGCACCAACGCAAGCCGCUGCAGAUCCAACAGCUAAUGAGCAACAGCAACAGCAGCAACAUUCACAUGCACAGCAACAGCAACAGCAGCAGCAACAAUUGACGGCGAAACAUUUUGAUGAUAGUGAGCAAUAUCAGAAACACGGCUGGAUCGUUGGUGAUUCGCACAAGAAGCUGGUUAAGCUGCUGGCCAUUGCCAAGGGCAACAAAAAGGUGGAAAAUUGCGGCGUCAAACGGCGCACGCCCAAGCGCAAAUGCUAGAAGAAGAAGAGUAGGAGGAGAAGGAGGGGAAGAUGCAAAGUCGACGUCGCCGCCGCCGUCGCAGCUGGCCGGGAACACUGCCAACUGCAAUUCAACUAUUCAAUUGAAGCGGCAUACAGAAUGUAUUUCAUAUAUGUUUUUUCUUUCUUUAAACAAACACAUC